AUGAGUGCUGAGGACUCGGUCAGUAUGGAAGAUACUCCGAUCACCAUGCCCUUUGGAAAUGUGCCACUUGAACCUGUCAUGCCAGGUAAUGGAGAUCCCUUUCUACCAGGUUAUGAAGAUCCCUUUCUACCAGGUUAUGAAGAUCCCUUUCUACCAGAUAACGAGGACUCCUUUCUACCAGAUAAUGAGGGACCUUUCACACCAAGUGUUGAUCCCAAUGCUGCGGAUGUUGGGGUUGAACAGGAAUCGGAGGCUGAUGUUUCGAAUCCGGAGCAACCUCUUCUCCCAUACACUGACUCUGUGCAAGGAGGGGACCCAUUGGGCUCAAACGUUGAAGAUGAUUCUAUGAUCAGUGAGAGCCACAAGGGGCUGAACCAACAAAACACAAUCUCUGAACCGACCGGAUUGGACGUGACCCAUGAUGGAAACAUGAAUAAUGAACAAUUUGCCAAUCAGCAAAUGUCAAACGGAAACUUAGGUGAAGAUGAUCAAACUGAACAGAAUGAGACCCAGAAUCUUGGUACCAACACAAUGGACAUGAACCCACUACCCCUUUCAAAUGAUAACGAUGUUGAUGAUAUAGAAUCCAAUCUCAACAUUGCAGAAGCCAAUGACAAUGAACUGGAUUCCCAGGAACAGGAUACCACUCAGUCCAGUGAAGAGAAUCUCAAUCUACCGGCUUCAAAUGAUGAUGAAUUCUCUGAUUCUGAGGAUAAUGACAGCAUUAAUCCCUUUGUUAAUAGUGGUGCUGAUAUCAAUCAAGCAAACACCACAGAUUCCAAUCUCCAUGACGAUGAAAUUAAUGGAAAUCAUUUCAGUGACAACAAUGGUCCUAACAUCAAUCAGGUUGGGAAUGAUGAAGGAGCAGGUGAAGAUGACAGCACUGUCACCAAUAACAUACAGAAUGAAGUCAAUUCCUGUAAAAACAUGCACUGUCGACACGGGAGAGUCUGUAAGAUCAAUGAGAUUGGAAACCCUACCUGUGUUUGCCAGGCUGUGACAAGCUGCCCUGUAAACACUCCUGAAUUAGCACAAGUGUGUGGCACUAACAACAUGACGUACAGAAACCCUUGUGAAUUCUUUGCUUCUAAGUGUCUUCUUGAAGAAACCGAGGAAGAACAUAACAUCCACCUGGACUACAUGGGACCCUGCAAAUACAUCGCUCCAUGCGUGGACAAUGAGCUGAAUGAGUUCCCUCUACGUUUACGCGAUUGGUUGAAAAACAUUCUGAUCCAUGUGUAUGAACAAUCCCCUGGCCUCCUGUCUCAGAAAGAGAGAGCAGCUAUCCAGGAAAUCUAUGAUGAUGAGCAACGUCUUCAACCCGGAGAUUACUCUCUUGCCCAGCUCUCUGAUGACUUCAAUCAGAAUUACCAUAUGUACAUCUACCCAGUUCACUGGCAGUUCCAGCAGUUAGACCAGCAUCCCAUUGAUGGUGUCCUUUCCCACUCAGAACUGGCACCUCUCCGGACCACAUUAAUUCCCUUGGAACACUGCACAGCAGACUUCUUCAAAGGCUGUGACCUCGACAAAGACAGAGGCAUCUCUCUGAGAGAAUGGAGCAUGUGCUUUGGCAUCAAAAAAGAGGAUAUUAAUCCCAACUUUACCUUCUAAGACUAGCUGCACUCAGGAGGGUUUUGGACAUCUGACAGUCUUUGACCUAUCUGGAUGCUACCGAUGGACAGUUAAUAUCACCUUCAUCACUGGAAAUAUUCAAACAAAAACAUCCCCUUUUUUGAAAUUUCGAUAAGUUCAUUUCAUUUGGGGGCAUGAGACUUUCUGGUAUUAUAUAGAAUAGGUAAUUACAAAAUGCUGACCAAUCCUCAAGGACCUUUGUGAAUUUCCCAGGUUGGUUGAGCAUCUGGAAGAAUUGUAGCAGUAACUAUUAUUAACAUCAGUAACUAUUAUUCACAUCACUAUUAUUAACAUCAUUAGCUAGUAAAUAUCAGGGCACUUUGGUUUGGUGUAGCAUCCAUACAGGGUCAUCAAAGACAUGGGUAUCCCUAUCAGAGGGCACUACCACAGUAUCCAUCUCGACAAGUUUUUAUAUGAAUAUAAUUGUAGAUGUAUGUGAGCAUUUUAAAAAGUUGUUUCUGUAAUGAAUGGAACUUGAUUUGGUUUGUGUAGAUUGCUUGCGUCUGCUCUUGUUAAGACUAUUUGAUAAACUCUACUUACUUCCAAUAAAAUGCUUUGGACAUA